AUGAGCGAAAAUCAAGUGAUUGUGUUGAGAAUUGCGUUGGAAACGUAUGUGGGCGGUGAAAAGCUGAAAGUCGCUGAUAAAGAUGUAGGUUUUCUCAAAAGUUUCCUUGAAAAUCGAGUUUUUUGCAGAAAAAACGUGGCAAUCAUCCAGGAGACUCAUCGAACUACAGUUUGCAAGAUCAAAAAUGAGAUGUUUGAUGAGAUUUUGGAUCUGGGAACGCUUUCCAAGUACAUUUUCAAGGCUGCUCAUCAGGAGAUUUGCGAAAAUGUGCUGAAAUUUGAGGAAAAAGCGGUUGAAGGAUCAAAAAGCGAUACGAAGAUCAAAUAUACACUGUGUCCAUUGAACAUUUGAAAAUAUGCAGUGAAAAAGGUUAGAAAUACAAAAAAUAGAUGUCGCCCAACGCGACGCGGUUCAGCGUCGCGUUUUUUUGUAGAAAUGAGAAAUUUUCUUUUGAAAAAAAAAGAGAGAUGUGCGCAUGAUCUAAUUUUUUUCAAAUUUUUCACGUUUCUCAAACAAAAAAAUCAUUUUGCAGAAAUCGACAAUAAUCAAGUGCCGUGGGUGGCGUAUAUUUCGAAACUUCUGAAAAAACCGUACUUUUUAUCAAAUGUUCAUAUGGAGAACGAGAUAAGCUGUUGUUUGUAUAGUUGUGCGGCAAAUUCGCAACUACAUUGGGUUCGGCACGAGCUUUUGAAAAGUGAGGAAGGUUUUUGGAGUCGUCGCCGAGGUUUUUGGGGUUUCUAGGUCAUGUCCGAGUUCUGAGAGUUUCUAGACGAUAGCAGAGAGAUACGUAGUUUCAGGCUACGAUCGGAUUUCUAGUCCACGAUUGAGGAAUCGGUUUUCUAGGCCACGACCCGAUUUCCAGGCUAUUUUCCAUCAAAAACCCUAAUUCCUUCAGAUUCAUGGUUUACUACUUGGCAGCGGAUCCAAGUUCCUGAAUUGGACCCUACAGUACUCGAAAACUACACAAAAACCAUUAUCGAAUUGUUGAAAAGUGUGAAAUUGGAUGUUUUUGAGCUCACCGGAUACGGAUAUGCCGAAUUGGCAAUUUCGUCGCUGAAAAAAUCGAUUAAUGGAAGGAUGGAGAGGAAUUUGUGGGUUUUUGGAUAUAAACAUUGA